UUUCCCUUGAAGUUGCAUAGCUUUAGGGUUUAAACGCUUUAAACCGCCAACCGAACCGUACCGCUCUUCUCUCAAGCCACAAGCACUGCCCCCUCCACCGUACGCCGCCGGCGACGAACGCCGGGAGUGAGUCCCAAUCGUGCGACGCCGCCCACAGAAGUACAGCCCAGUCGAAGAACACCUUCUCUCUGUGCCUCAACCAUAUGCAUUGGAACUUAUGGAGUUUACAGUUGUUUCCUUACAUUAAGUUUUAGUACAGAAGGAGCUGAAUCUUUGGUUUAAAAUUUUUCAUUCUCUGAGAUCCAUCACUCUCUGUUCUUUGGCAAAGCAAGCAAAAAGAGAUGGCGUACCAAGGAGGUACCCUCAAGUUGACCUCCACUUCUGGGGUGAAGAUGUACACUGUGGCAUCCCAGAACCGCUCUCUCGCCUCCUGGCGUGGCCCCAAGAAUCCCCGAGCUCUUCGCAAGGACAAAAAUUACAUGCAAAGGGUGGACUUGAUACAGGAUUUGAGGUUUGAAACUGCAACCACCAAGAUCAAGGCAACUCCUGAUGGGGAGUUUCUUAUAGCAUCAGGUAUAUACCCACCCCAAGUCAAAGUGUAUGAACUUAGGGAAUUGUCACUGAAGUUUGAGAGGCAUUUGGAUUCAGAGAUAAUUGAUUUUCAGGUUCUGGCUGAUGACUAUUCAAAGCUUGCAUUUUUAUGUGCUGAUCGCUCUGUUUAUCUACAUGCCAAAUAUGGAAAACAUUAUAGUUUGCGGAUUCCAAGGAUGGGAAGGGAUAUUGCUUAUGAUUGCUGGUCUUGUGACUUGCUUUGUGCUGCCUCUUCUCCAGAUCUGUACAGAAUUAAUUUACAACAGGGACGAUUCCUGUCCUCCCUUACUACACAAUCGCCAGCAAUAAAUGUGGUUUCUCGAAGCAAGCUCCAUGGCCUAGUUGCAUGUGGCGGUGAGGAUGGAGCUGUAGAAUGUUUUGACAUGAGAAUGAGAUCUUCAGUGGGUAGAAUUCAUGCUGUUGCACCCGCUGGUGAUAUUGACCAGGAGGUUACUUCAUUGGAGUUUGAUGGAGAUGGGGGACUCCAAUUGGCUGUAGGAAGUAGCACAGGAAAGGUGCUGAUCUAUGACUUGCGUUCAUCUUAUCCUAUGCGAGUUAAGAAUCUCGUGGAUGACAGCCCGAUAUUGGACAUCAAGUGGCAUCGUACUCUGAAUUCUGAACAACCAAAGUUAAUUGCCACUAGCAAGCAUGCCGUUAGAAUUUGGGAUCCCGAAACAGGCGAAGACAUGGCCAACAUUGAGCCGACUGCUGGAACUAUAAAUGAUAUUUGUGCAUUUAGUGGCAGUGGGUUGAUGUUACUGGCUUUGGACUGCGGCCAGAUACCAUCGUAUUUCUUACCUGCUCUGGGACCUGCUCCGAAGUGGUGUUCUUACCUGGAAAAUCUAACGGAAGAGCUAGAGGAGGGUGCACAAACAACCAUAUAUGACAAUUUCAAAUUCUUGACAAGAGAAGACCUCGAGAGGUUGAAUCUGACUAAUCUGAUUGGCACUAAUCUCUUACAAGCCUACAUGCAUGGGUUUUUUGUUGAUUAUCGGCUGUAUAAAAAGGCAAAAGCAUUGGUGGAACCAUUUGCAUAUGAUGCUUACAUAGAAGAGCGGAAGAGAGAGAAAUUGGAAAAUGAACGUGUUUCUCGUAUUACGAUUAGGAGGAAACUACCCAAGGUUAACCGGAAUCUUGCAGCUCGUAUUCUCGAAAAUGAGGAAGCAGAAAACGAAGAGAAAGAUGCUGAUGAGAAUGAGACUAAAAAGAAAUCAAAGAAAAAGAAAGGACUUAACAUUGAGAUACUCAAAGAUGAGCGGUUUGCAGAAUUGUUUACAAAUAAGGACUUUGAAAUUGAUGAGUCCUCCCGCGAGUAUCUGGCUUUACAUCCUAUGCCUGCCAAGAAGCAACCAUCUUUAGUGGAGGAACAUUUUGAACCUGUUAUGGAGGAUGAAGAUCAGAGCUUGAGUGAUUCUGAUGCGACCGCAGCAUCUCAGUCAUCAGAAGGCGAACUUGACAAUGAAGAAAGAAAAACAAAGAAGAAAGCACGAGUUCCAAGGUUGUAUGAAGUUAAGGAUGGGCGACAUGCAGACGCGUUCUGGAACGAUGUUUCACUUGCAAAGGAGGACGUUCUUCCUAUUGGAGAGAGACUAGCAGCUCUUAAAGAUGAUCAGCGGCCUUCUGGUAUCCCACGUGAUGUUAAAUUUGGACCAGGAGGAUCGCGAGAGAUUUCCUUCACUUCUAGAAGCUCAGCCAAGUACAAGGAAGAAGAAGAGGACAAUGUGCAGCAUAAGAAGAGAAGGGGAGUCCAGUCACUGGGGCUUAAGCCGGAUAGAUCAAGCUUUGGGGGCCGGGGGAGAGGAGGGAAUCGUGGCAGAGGAGGAAAUCGUGGUAGAGGAGGGAAUCGAGGCAGUCGCGGAGGAGGGAAUCGUGGCAGUGGCAGAGGAGGGAGUCGUGGCAGAGGCAGAAGAGGCCGUUGGUGAAGUGUUGCGUUUAUGUGCGACUCAUCUCGCAAUUUAUCUUUUGGCAUCAUCUCGCUUGGUCCAUCUGAUUUUGGUGAUUUUGACUCACAAUGCGAGUUCAUGAGGCAAGCAAGGUGCAUUUUUGAGCUGCUUAGGGUUUGUAGUUUUUUAUUUUUAUUUUUAUUUUUUCCUUUUUAGCAUUUUGAAUUAUACAGAAAAUUUCGUGAUCUUCAACUACCCCUCCCCCGCGUCCCCUUCUAGUGGGGAGUGUAACUGUGAUUUUGAUCUUCCACACACAUACACAAGACACAUUUUGCCCUCGGGUCUCAACUGAAAAAAAAAUUGGCCCUUCUUAGGACGGUAAUAAUCAUUGAUGGGAAUCUGGGAUGGCUGUAUCCAGGGUUUGCAUAAGCAUGAAUAGUGUAACUCAGAAUUAACCUUGUUCAAGUUUGUAUCCUAUAUAUUUUAUGGCUUAAGUUGAGUGA